AUGCUUUAAGUUGAUGUUUUAUAAUCAUCAAAUUACUUUAUUAAUAGAUUUUAAGUUUAUUUAGUACCAUAUUAACUUUUAGGUGCCUUUUUUAUAUUUUAUAUUACAGUAAAAGAUAAUAGUUUAACUCCUGCUAUAGGUAUUAUGAUAUAGACAAUUUUUGGUGUUGUUUUUGGUUAUUAUUUUGGAAAAAUAUAAAAUAAAUUUAUGCAUGCUAAAGAUGAAAGAAUGAGUGGUGUUGAUGAAGCAUUAUUAUAAAUUAAAUAAAUAAAAUUCAAUUGUUAUGAAACAUAUUUUGAAAAAAGAAUUGAAUAACUUAGAGCUAAAGAAUUAAAAUAUUUAAAGUAAUAAGUUCUUCUAUUAAUUUUUAUUUAAUUUAUGUAAAAUAUUUUGAGUUUUGCAACUUGGGAAUGUACAUUCUAUUUUGCUGAUUUUAUAACUUUUGCAAUUACAACUGUUAUUAUGUAAAAUUCAAGUUAAUUAAUGUAUUUAUUGUAAGCAUUUCCAAAUUAACUAAAAAAUUAUUAUGCUUCUAUUAAUUCUAUUAGUAGAAUUACUUCAUUUCUAAAAGAAAAUUAAAUUUCAUAAUGGAAUUAAGAUGAUGAUAGAAUGCAUGAUAUUAAAAUAGAUGGAAUAUUUAAUUGGAAAUAUAUUGAUGAUAAUUAAUAUCUUAAAUAAAAUUAAUAGUUUAAUUUGUAAUUAAAUGUUGUGAAAGGUUAAUAUAUAGUAAUUGUUGGAAAGUAUAUAUUAUAUUUUAUAUAUAGUUCUGCUUCUGGUAAAUCUACCAUUCUUAAGUCAAUCUUAAAUGAAACUAAUUGUGUUUCUGGCUAAAUAGUCAUCAAUGGAGAAAUAAGUUUAGCUACACAAGAACCAUGGAUUCUUAGUGAUACUAUUAAAAAUAACAUUAUCUAUAUGAAUAAAUAUGAUGAAAUGAGAUAUAAAAAAGUUAUGCAUGUAUGUGCAUUAGAAUAAGAUAUUAAUUAAUUUAUUAAUAAAGAUUAUACAUAAUUAAGUGAAAAAGGAGAUAAUCUAUCAGGAGGCUAAUAAAAAAGAAUCAAUCUAGCUAGAGCUGUUUAUAAAGAAGCAGAUAUUUAUUUAUUUGAUGAUCCAUUAAGUGCACUUGAUAUUAAAGUCAAAUGUCAUAUUUAUAAAGAAUGUUUUCUAAAAUUUCUUAAUGGUAAAACAAGAAUAUUAUUUACAAAUCAAUUGACAAAUCUAUAAGGAGUAGAUUAAAUCUAUUUAUUAUAAAAUGAUACAUUGGUUCCUUAUAAUCCUAAAAUUUCUAUAGAGGAAGAUAAAUUAAAUUUAAUUGAUAUCUAGUUUGAAAAUAAUCAUUUUGAAGAUAAAGAACCAUAAUCAAAAGCUUCUUUUACUUUAAUUAAUGAAGAUUAAAGAAUUGGAAAUAUAGAUACAUAAGUUAUCAAAACUAUUUUUUAAUUCUAAGGAGGUAUUUGGGCAAUAUUUGCUAUUAUUACUUAUUUUAGUGUUCUUAUGAUAUUAUCAACAUUUUCAAGCAAGAUUUUAUCAAAUCCUGAAUUAGAACCUGAUGAAUUUAGAAUAAUUGCCUUAAAAACCUUUCCUCUUUUUAAUAUUCCAAUAUAUAUUGCUAUUAUCUCUAUAACAGGAUAUUUCUUAUUAAUUGGUAUAAAGACUAGUUCCAUUAUUCAUAAGAAUAUUUUUAUUUCUUUAAUGAAAGCUUCAUUUACUUAAUUCUACAAUCAAAUUUUGAUUGGUAGAUUAAUGAAUAGAUUAAGUAAGGAUAUUUACAAUAUUGAUAUGCUAUUUCCUAAUCAAAUAUACAAUUUAAGUAUUUAAUUUACUAAUUUAAUAAUGCCUUUGAUUACUAGUUUAAUAUUUUUAAAUUACAUUGCUUAUCCAAUUGUAUUAAUUUUUGUUAUAAUUCUUGUUCUCUUUACAAUAUCAUACUAUAAAUGUUUAACAGAGAUGACUCGUAUAGAAUCAGUAUCAAAAAGUCCUGUAUUUUCAUAUUAUUAAUAAAUAAUGAGAGGUCUUUUGUUUGUUAGAUCAUGUCUUCCUAAAAAGUAUGUACUCUAAAAUCAUUAUAAUAAUAUUGAUUUAGAUUUAGGAAAUUAAAUGUAUUUGGCAGGAUUAUAAUAAUGGUUUUCAUAAGCUUCUAGUAUUAUUACUAAUAUCUUUUAAACUAUUUUAUUUAUAGUAUGUCUUCUAUUUCCAAAUGAUAAUCCAGCUAUGACUUAUUUAAUAGUAAUUUAAAUGUCUAAUGUAUCUUAAUUAUUAGUUACUGUAGCUAUCAGUUAUGGUAAUUUAUUAAUGUAUUCAAUAUCUUUUGAAAGAUGUUUACAUUUAUCAAAUGAUAUUGAAUAUGAUGAUUAUUCAUAAGGUAAUAUAAAUUCAAAAUAAAUUGGAACAAUUACAUUAUCAAAUGCAUCAUUUUAAUAUCCAAACAAUUAGAAAGAUGUAUUAUCUAAUAUUAGUUUAACAAUUGAAUCUGGUUAAAAAAUAGGUAUAGUUGGUAGAACUGGUGCUGGUAAGAGUUCAAUAAUAAUGGCUUUAAUGAGAAUGAUUCAUAUAACAAAUGGUGAUGUACAAGUUGAUGAAAUAGAUCUUAAUGAUUAUUCAUUAUAGGAACUAAGAAAGAAAUAUAGUGUUAUUCCUCAAGAAGCAUUGAUAUAUAAGGGAACUUUAAAAGAAAAUCUUGAUCCUUAUGGAUUAGUUGAUGAUUAAAAUUUAGAAAAGGUUUGUAAAGCUUGUUAACUUUAUAAUAUGAAAUCAUUUUAAGAUUAUAGAUUAAAUACAUAAAUAUAAUAAAGUGGUUGUAAUUUGAGUUUAGGAGAGAAAUAAUUGAUAACAAUAGCAAGAUGUAUGAUUGAAAAUAGAAAAAUUAUAUUAGUAGAUGAAGCAACUGCAAAUAUAGAUAAUCCAACUGAGGAAUUAAUAAAAAAUGUAAUAUAUAAUAAAUAAAUUUAGAUUUUUAAAGUACAUUUUAAAAAUUAAACUAUGAUAACUAUUGCCCAUAAAGUUUCAACAAUUAUGGAUUCUGAUAAAAUUGUUGUUUUGAGUGCAGGAUAAAUAAUUGAAUGUGAUUCACCAAAUAAUUUACUUAAAUAACCUUAGAGUGAAUUUAGAUAAAUAGUAGAUUUAAUAAAUAAGAAUUUAUGA